CUGUCGUUGUUACAACCAGCCACUCUCUCUUUCCACAUCGACUGUUUUUUUAGUUCCCUCUGCUCCAUUCUCUCUCUUUCUCUCUGCACUUUUCUAAUGGCUACUCUUCAAUCUCUUGCAUUCUCUCCUGCACUUUCUCACAGUUCUCAUCAGCCUCGCUCUCUUUUGGGAAUAGCAUCAGGGGUGGUUCAUCAAAGUGCAGGAUCUUCAUUCAAUGGCCAGCGCUUGUGCCUAACCCGUUCACGUUUUACUUCCAACAUCCAAAACCAAAAAAUGUCCAGACUAAGUAUAAUGAUGGUUCAGCCAAAAAUUCAGUUCAUACAAGGAACUGAUGAACAGACAAUACCAGAUGUGAAGCUUACCAAGUCAAGGGACGGGACAAAUGGUAUGGCCAUAUUCAGGUUUGAUAAUCCCUCCGUAUUCGACUCAUCUGGUGAAGUUGGGGAUAUCACUGGAUUCUACAUGAUUGAUGAGGAAGGGGUUCUUUCAUCAGUUGAUGUAAAUGCCAAGUUUGUUAACGGAAAGCCUGCGGGAGUUGAAGCUAAGUAUAUAAUGCGGACUCCACGAGAAUGGGACAGGUUCAUGAGAUUUAUGGAGCGGUAUGCUAGUGCAAACGGAUUGCAGUUUGUUAAAAGUUGAGAUUGUAUGUUUUCUUUUUAUUGCCUGACCAAUUUCUUGAAAUUUUUGUCUGUCAUAUUGGUUUAUGAGUAAUUAGUUCAAAAGGUGUAAACUUGAAAAAUCUUCUUAGCGACAUGCUGAUAAGUGACAAGAUAGCUGCAUCCAUUUACAGUUAGAUGUUACUUCUAGUUCCUUUUAUAGCUUUCA